CCACCAUUGCAUUGAUUCCUGCGUGUUCUCAGGAUUUGUCUGACUGUCUGUGGAGUAUCUUAAGGAUAUACAUCUAUAUUAAUAGGUCACGGUGUGGAUCUAUUCAGUCCAUGAGCGAGACAAAUUGUCUGGAACGGACAACCAGCAAAAUGACUACAAGAGCAUCGUACCUGAAGUUUUAGAAGAAUCCUUGACAAACGUGACUUUUUAACAUCUCAAACAUCUGUUGAACUUAAACUGAAAAUGUGUGACCUGAUGCUGGCAGCAGUUAAACCUAACCCUGGUGGGUCACAUGUGCAUAGAAGGCUCAGAAUGAUCUAGGCAUUUUCGCCUUCAUUCAAAUAGAGUUCGGACAAGAUCGGGAGGGUCCACGAACUGGGAUUCGAACUCGGUUCGCUCACACGCAACAGAUCAGAAGAUGUCGAGCAAAAAUGGCUCAUUGCUGUGCCGUCUGGGUGUAAUAGUGACAUUUGCAGGUGUCAUCUCUAUGAGCGUCAUGUUUUCCCGGUUCUCACCUUCUCACAACUGUCCACCGCCACUUCCUAAACCCAAACUAAACUCAGUACAUAACUGUGCCAAGACUAACAACUCUCUUACUGAUAAAGCAGAGGAGAAACCUGUACUUCUGUUAUGGGUUUGGCCUGAAAAUUAUAGGUUUGAUUUCAGUGACUGCAAAAAGUUUUACAAUAUUGAUCGUUGUCAACUGACGGAUGAUAGAGCUCUCUACAACAGUGCAGAUAAUGUCAUUGUUUAUCAUAGAGCCAUCACUGAUCUGUCCAACCUUCCUCCAUCUCCUCGUCCUCCGUUCCAAAGGUGGAUUUGGUUGCAUUUGGAAUCACCAACCAACACCAAAAGGAUCCGAGGUCUGGAAAACCUGUUCAAUCUCACUCUCAGCUACAGACAGGAUGCUGAUAUUCCUGUACGGAUGCGCUUGAUCACCAGGAAAAAACCUAAUGAGGAUUUUGUAAUUCCCAAAAAGGACAAACUGGUGUGUUGGAUUGUAAGUAACAAGGAUCCAUCAACUGGUGUUGACACAAGGAACAUUUUUUACAGGGAAUUCAGCAAAUACAUCCAAGUGACUUUGUUCGGAAAGGCUUUUGCAAGGUUUCUGGGUUACGACGACUACUAUCCAACCAUGGCUAGUUGCAAAUUUUACCUUGCCUUUGAGAACUCCAUCCACAAAGACUACAUCACUGAGAAGAUAAACGGGCCACUCGCGGCAGGUACCGUCCCUGUGGUGUUGGGUCCUCCGAGAAGAAACUAUGAGAACUUUGUUCCUGCCGAGUCCUUCAUUCAUGUCGAUGACUUCCCAGAUCCAAAGUCACUAGCCGAAUAUCUGCUUCAGCUGGACAAGGAUGAAGAUGCAUAUCGCAAGUACUUUAACUGGAGGAAACAUCUCACUCCAAGUCCUCAUUUAAUAUUGCAGAGACAAGAGUUUAUUCUGGCUAUUUGCACUGCCUGUGACUAUAUCGCACGAUGCAGGGAAUAUAAAGAAGCUCAUGAUCUCUAUGAUUGGUACUUCAGUUAAUGUCACCUCAGGUUUUGGAAUGAUUUAGUGAUUAAUUUUACUCCACAAAUAUUUUUAAUAUUAAUUUUAAAUAAU